AUGGAUAUGGAAAUAACAGAAUCUACCAGCAUUGAAAAUAACGAAGAAAAAAGUAAACCUACAGAUAGCCAAAUAUACACUGAUUCACCAGAGUCACGGAGUGAAAGUAGCGUGGAUAGUAGCCAGAUUAUCGAUCAUCUUAUUCAAAUGGGUGUAAAGGUAAAUAAAAAGGAUAAGACUGGACGUACUGCUCUGCACUAUACAGCUUUAAGAGGCAAUACUGAGGCGACACUUCAACUUAUUGAAAACAAUGCAAAUGCAGAGGUGAGUUCAUUUAAAUCAUGA